ACAGAAACUUUCUAUCUUAGGUCUUAACUUAAGAUAAGAUGUGUUAAAUUAAGAUUUUUCACAAAUUCAUAUUACAGAAGCAAAUCUUAAGUUGAUUUAGGAUUCUCAUCUUAUCUCACCAAAUCUUAUCUCAUCUCUAGUUAAGAAAUCCUAAAUCGCUCAAUCGUGUUCGGCGAUCAACUCUUAGGUCUGUUUCCUAGCAACCAACCGCGCGAGCUGCUUAAAAACAAAAUGGAUAAUCAAAAUCGUCGAGCUUUUAAUUUCACUACGGCGGAAAUAAACAUUUUGAUUGAUUCGGUAGAGAAGUCAAAGCCUAUACUGUUUGGCAAGUUUUCACAGUCGCUCACUCAAGAAGACAAAAAUAGGGAGUGGGCAAAAGUUGCCGAAAAUGUAUCUGCUGUGUGUGGCAUGAACCGUACUGCCGAGUCAGUGAAGAAAAAAUUUACCACCCUUGCAAGUGAAACAAAAAAGAAGGCUGCUUUACAGGCACGAGAGAUGAAGAAAACGGGAGGGGGAACAAGUGAUGCUCCAUCACUUAAACCCUCAGAAUCAAGAAUGUUAGGUGUCAUUGACAAAGUACACUAUGAAGGCAUCCCUGGUGGUUACGAGAUAGGACUGGAGAUGGCGCUGGAACAACAUGAACUGACGACAAUACAUAUGUCAGAUCUGAUGGAGGGGACAUCAGCAGAGCCUCAUAUGUCAGAUCUGAUGGAGGGGACAUCAGCAGAGCCUCGUCAAAUGCCACUUCAAUCAAAAAGGCAAAAAGUUGCAUCUUCAAGUCAUGCUGCACAGUUACUUGAGAUAGAAAGGGAGAAACUUGAGCUGUUUAGGGAGAGACUGACCAUUGAGAAGGAGAGAUUACAAUUAGAAAGAGAGAGACUGGAGCUGGAAAGGUCACAGCUGUGCAAAAGGUGCAGACAGGAACUGUAAAGCUUCAUUUUUAUGAUAUAACAUUGAUUAGUGCAUUGCAAUGUCUG